GGAGAGGCAAGCGAGGGAGAGUGGAGAUCGAGAGCAAAGAGCGAGAGCGAGGGAGAGCAGAGGGAGGGAGGCGAGAAAGACACACGCAAGCACAGGCACCCCGGCACUGGAAUUCCAUUAGAAAAAAGUGAGCCGAACAAGGGUUAGCGGGAGAAGAUUUUUUUUUUUUUGAAUCUUUUUCUUCGUCUUGGUGCCAAAGAAGCGACUCUGGUCUCCCAUCCUAGAAGCUCCUACUGGAUUGCUCCUUAUCCGUCGUUGGAUUUCUUUCUUAUUUGCAUUUAUUCUGACCCCCUUCCUCGCUGCUUUCUUCCAGCCCUUCACUUUCAGAUCUCCUCGCCCCCACCUCUCCAGUCCCCUCCUGGGAAGUGCAGGGGAAUUGGACCCGCGGGGACUCACGCCUUCCCGGACGUGCGGAGGGCUGGGCUGACCUCAGGACCAGUCUGUUGGCUUAGAAGGCAGCCAGACACAUAGCUACGUGUGUUUGAUUUCAGUGGCAAGGGGGACGUCGAGAGGCAGCCCACCGCCCGCCUCCCACCCCACCCCCUGCAACCAGCAGCGAGAACCCCAGGACUCGGGAUCUUCAGCCGGUUCGGGAUCUCCGCAUUGGAUUUGGGGGUCAUUAUCAUUGCUUGGCGGUUAUUAUCGUUGUUAUUUUAUUUUUAUUUUUUAAACCUAAGGGAGAAAGACAGACACACACACACACACAAAACUGUGGGAUUUAUUUAACAUGAUCUUGGCAAACGCCUUCUGCCUCUUCUUCUUUUUAGACGAAACCCUCCGCUCUUUGGCCAGCCCUUCCCCCCUGCAGGGCUCUGAGCUCCACGGCUGGCGCCCCCCAGUGGACUGUGUCCGGGCCAAUGAGCUGUGUGCGGCUGAAUCCAACUGCAGCUCCAGGUACCGCACUCUUCGGCAGUGCCUGGCGGGCCGGGAUCGCAAUACAAUGCUGGCCAAUAAGGAGUGCCAGGCGGCCCUGGAGGUCUUGCAGGAAAGCCCGCUGUAUGACUGCCGCUGCAAGCGGGGCAUGAAGAAGGAGCUGCAGUGUCUGCAGAUCUACUGGAGCAUCCAUCUGGGGCUGACCGAGGGUGAGGAGUUCUAUGAAGCUUCCCCCUAUGAACCUGUGACCUCACGCCUCUCUGACAUCUUCAGGCUUGCUUCAAUCUUCUCAGGGACAGGGGCAGACCCGGUGGUCAGUGCCAAGAGCAAUCACUGCCUGGAUGCGGCCAAGGCCUGCAACCUGAAUGACAACUGCAAGAAGCUUCGCUCCUCCUACAUCUCCAUCUGCAACCGCGAGAUCUCGUCCACCGAACGCUGCAACCGCCGCAAGUGCCACAAGGCCCUGCGCCAGUUCUUUGACCGCGUGCCCAGCGAGUACACCUACCGCAUGCUCUUCUGCUCCUGUCAGGACCAGGCAUGCGCUGAGCGCCGCCGGCAGACCAUUCUGCCCAGCUGCUCCUAUGAGGACAAGGAGAAGCCGAACUGCCUGGACCUGCGUACCCUGUGCCGUAUAGACCACCUAUGCCGGUCCCGCCUGGCAGACUUCCACGCCAACUGUCGAGCCUCCUACCGGACACUCACCAGCUGCCCUGCGGACAACUACCAGGCAUGUCUGGGCUCCUACGCUGGCAUGAUUGGGUUUGAUAUGACACCCAACUAUGUGGACUCCAACCCCACUGGUAUUGUGGUGUCCCCCUGGUGCAAUUGUCGUGGUAGUGGGAACCAGGAGGAAGAAUGUGAGAAGUUCCUCCGGGACUUCACAGAAAACCCAUGCCUCCGGAAUGCCAUUCAGGCCUUUGGCAAUGGCACAGAUGUGAACAUGUCUCCCAAAGGUCCCUCAUUUCCAGCUACCCAGGCUCCUCGGGUGGAGAAGAUUCCUUCAUUGCCCGAUGAUCUCAGUGACAGCACCAGCCUGGGGACCAGUGUCAUCACCACCUGCACAUCUAUCCAGGAGCAAGGGCUGAAGGCCAACAACUCCAAAGAGUUAAGCAUGUGCUUCACAGAGCUCACGACAAACAUCAGUCCAGGGAGCAAAAGGGUGAUCAAAAUUUACUCAGGCUCCAGCAGGGCAAGACUGUCGGCUGCCUUGAUGGCACUCCCACUUCUGAUGCCGACCUUGGCCUUGUAGGCCUUCGGAACCCAGCACAAGAGUUCUUCAAGCAACCCAGAUGUGACUCCCACCUGACAAAAUGGAAACACACACACACACACACACACACACACACACACACACCUUGCAAAAAAAGUUUUUUGUUUUUUUUUCCUACAUUGUCUCUGAACCUUUCUCCGUUCAAGUUUCUUCUCUGGAGAAGUUUUUCUAAACCAAACAGACAAGCAGGCAGGCAGCCCGAAGCCUGCCUAGAGGUCCCCGGCAAGGGCCACCCAGCACCACUAAGGAGGGCUCGAGGCUCUGCGAUGACUCUUUUCUCUUCACUGGUGUUUUCUCUCGGGACCAUAUGACGACCUGCUGUGGAAGGGACUUCGCUGUGCCUGGUGUGAACUGGAGAAAGGACAAUGGCAGCUGUUUCUUGAGCUGCCUACUCUGGGGACCGACCCACCCAGGGACUAGCAGAGAGUGUCAGUCAACAAGGAAGCAGGGGUGGCCGUAAGGACCUUGUCACCUCUUCCUCUUGGCUUCGAAGAUGGAGAUGGUUUGCUGCCACCCCCAGCUCUUAGGUGGCCUAGUGGGUCUGAGUCUGGAUUGGGAACCCCCAUGGCUGCUCCAGGCCAAUUGUGUCUGUAGCGUAGAUGGGGUUAGGAGCUGUUAACAAGAGGAAGCUCCUCCAGGGAAGGAGCAAGCCUUGGUUGGGCACCAGCUCCAAGAUGCUCCUUCCUCCUUCCUGCCAGGAAUCCUGAAGUCAAAGAGAAAUGAUCCUCUGUUGGCUUUUUUUGGAUUUUUUUUGUGGGUCCAUUUGGCGGACCUCACUUGGGGAGAAGGGCUGUUGAGUGGGGGCUAGGGAGACCCUAGCUGGACAUGUGUCAUUAACACUCUGGUGGGGUCCCAAGCUUGCCCUUUCUCUCUUCUCCUCUUUUCCAUUUUUCUCUUUCCUUAUUUCUGAGGCAUUCAUCCACCAUCUGUACAUACUGGGCCUCCUUUCUCCACAUAUGUGUAUAUCCAUAUACAUAUAGCCUGUGAUUUCCUCUUUCUUUCAUUUUUUUAAGAAGCAAAACUAUGGAAAUAAUACCCUACAGAUGAGCGAAAAUGUAUUAUUGUAAAGUUUAUUUUUUUUAAUAAUGUUGUCUAUGAUGGGAAGAAAGGUACCAGGCCCCCUGAGCUCUGGUCCGGUUGGGCUGAUGGGGCUGUGGCCGGGCACUCCCGAUUGCAUUCACUCUUAACCAAGCUCCAAUAAAUGUACUAGGAAGCGAGUUGCCU